AUGCAUCUCGACCACAAGAUACCAUGGAACACCGCUUCCGCCCACUACGACCUCCUCAGAAAGAAUCCUCGCUUCCCGCCACGAACCGAUAUGUUUGUCCGCAGGCUUCAUACCCAAUCCAAUGAUCUGAACCACUUCACCCGCGUGCUCAUCAACACAAUUCGCGAAUUCUCUACAACAGAGAGACAGAAGUACCCUGAAAGCGCAGAGGAGUCGGCAUUGUCCAAAGAACUUUUCUCCGCUGAGCUUCUCACCUACGCGGAGCGCAAAUUCGGACUUGGCCCACAUACCACAAACUCUGUGGAACAUAAUCCUCUCUCGGCAGAGUACCAGCAUCUAAGUCACUGGAUUGAUCGGGCGAAUGAUUGGGAAGAGGGAGGAUUGCAUUAUUCAACCGGCCAUGCUGAUCUGGCCGACGCUGUGAAGAUGCUAAUCAUCAUUGCGUCUUCCGUGAGCGGAGAUUCAUCAGAUGAAGAGAAGAACAUGGAAAAGGAAGCUAUGACCGCCCUACUUCGUCUUUCUGGACACUCUCAAGUUCCCCUCUCUGAUCUUGAUUCGUUGCACUGGGGACACAGUUUCGGGGUCAAUCACGUCGCAGACUUCGCAUUGGAAAUCUAUCUUCUGCUCAACAUUGUUGAUGUAGUUCUGGCCCGGGAUGAUCAAGGGACUGGACUCGGAAAUCGUGUCUCAAUGCUUGAAAUGGAUUCCUUUGAACGCUUUACCCGCAGAGCUCUUUGUGAUUACGACUAUCCUGCUCAGAAUAUUCCUCACCGGAGGUUUUGGAAUGCUCAUGGUGUCAAUGAUGAUUGGGCCGCUUGGUCUUUUAAUCCUGAUGAGGAAUCUGUCGCUGGUACUGAACGAGCAGCCGUGACGGAUCCCCUGACGCGUCGGGAAGGAGUUGCUCCUGAAGUCCGCAGUGGGCUGAAGGAGUACCUGAAGAUGUGUUUUGGGCUGAUGUAUCGGUAUGAUGUGUUAUUGAGGGAAUGGUACGGAGAGAAGGUGGCGGAUGAAUACUGGGAAGAGACCAUUCUUCGGACUUUGUGCAAGCUGGGUGGAGCCAACAGGCUAGGAUAG